CUGUGGGCAGCCCGCUGGAAUUGUGACAGGCCGAGUAACAAAUGGAUCGAAGCCGGAGCCGGGGGGAAAGGGCCAAUGACUGAGAGGAGACUUUCUCAGCCAUGAGGCUCUGCGAGGAGUGGCGGUCGAUGCUGCACGCCAACGCGGAGGAGGAGUGAACGCAAAGGGAGGGAGGGAGCGGAGGGGAAGACAUAGGUGGGGCGGCAAAAGGAAGCGAGAGCAUCUAUUGACUUGCGUCCUCGCAAGACCUCAUUAUCAGGAAUCAUGUUCAACAUCACAACAGCAAACACUACGAAUGAUCAUCCAGAAACCGUUCCUCUCUCCCAAGUCUCCCCGCACGAUGGCUGGAACGUGGCCUGCUUUGUUAUCAUACUGCUGUUCAUUUUAACCGUGCUAUCCCUGGCGACCUUGGCCGUGCUCUAUGAGUUCCUGGACUGUGGCUGCUUUGCCAAAGAAAGAACGCAACACCAAAACCAGCACGAGCACGAACAGCAACAACAACUACAGGAACAACAGGAGGUGGAGUCGGGCAAUUGCAGCAACGUGACGACCAGCGUCUGCAAUGAACCAGAACCGCUCACAGAGGUGGUAUAGAAGCGGCACAGAAUUGGGGGACUGAGCAGAAAAACAAAGCUAACACCUUAAGGAACAGUCAAAAAAAAGUUACGACGAUGCUGAAGAUCCAGUCAAGAUGAAUUAAAGGGGACAAUAAAAAUAUAAAGGAAAAUAUUCACUGAAAA